AUGUGGCGACCGGAGUCGCAGCCCGGCCCCGGCUCGCCGGACUGCCCUGACCUGCUGCAGCACGUCCCGGCGCUGCGCUCGCCGGUCACCCCGCUGUACCUCAGCUUCUUCGAGGAGGAGUGUCGCGCCAUCGUCACCCAGCUGCGCCGCGGGGCGGCCGCGGAGCCCUCCCCGGGCCCGGGGGAGCUCAGCGGGCUGCAGCCCAAGCCCCCCGGGCCCGCCACCUCCACGCCGCUGCCCUUACCGAGCCACGGGCGGCUCCCCGACUCGAGCGCGGGCGAUUGCAAGGCCGCUGCUGCCCCUGGCCCGGCCCCGGCCCCGGGGGAGCCCGGGUCCCUCCCGCAGCCCGCGGCCGGCGGUAGCCCCGGCGCCCGCCCCGCUCGCAAGCCCGCUGUGUCCCGGCGGGCGCGGCGCGGCCCCGAGCUGCCCUCCGGCGGCGGCCCCGGCACUCCUGCCCGCUCCCCGGCGCCCGCCCCGCUCGCACGCUCCGCGGCCCCGAGCUGCAGGCUCGCUCUGCCCCGCGCACGGGCCUCGCUGGGGCUGCAGCUCCCCGCGGCCGGCACGGGGCGCGGCGCCUGGGAAACGCGGCUCCUGCGGCCCCCAGGGACCAGGCUGAAGCUCACCUCGCCUGCCAGGUCCAGGCUUCCACGUGCCAGCGGGGCUUCGCAGCAGGCACAGCCUUCCAGCCUUCCCAGACUCGCCCCCCGGGCCAGAGCGGUGAAAAGUAAUUCUGCACCUGCCAGAUGCCUCGCGCGAAGCAGGGAAGCACCUGCUGCCAAGGUUGGGAGUUGUAAACAGCCCUCUUCAAAGCUUUCUACAGGAAUUCCUACUGUGGCUUCCUGCUCCUCACUGCGGCCUCCGGAAAAAGUGAUUUCGUUCAAGCGUUUUGGCCUCAAUAGAGAAUCAACUACAGAAGAGCUGGUGUGCAAUAGGACCCGAGAGCUGAAGGAAAAUGAUGAGAGCAAAGAAAGGCUGGUUGCAGCAAGCAUUGACUUGGGAGCAAGUAGAAAUGACCAGACAUGGGAGUAUGAGAAGUCCUCUUUGUCCAGUGAGCUGGCCCCUGGCCUGACUUCAGGGGGUGAAGAUGCAUUUCCUGCUGAGCAGUCUGCAGGUGAUCAGCUGUCCCAGGAACUGGAGCGUGUGAAGAAAGAGCUGGAGCGUGUGAAGAAAGUGCUGGAACGAGUGAAGGGCGAGCUUGCUGACAAGACUGCUCAGUGUGAAGCCUAUGAGCAGACAAUCAGAGCAGCAGGUAUGUUCCCUCACUGUGGUGAGCCCUCACUUCUGGGCAGGCUGCAGGGAUGCUCCAGUGGUCCCUUGAGGGCUGUGAGGUGGGAGGGAUACAGCUCAUGGCCUCUCCCAGGGGUCAGGGGCUGAGUGCCAGGAGCAUUACUGCUUUGAUGUUGCUUCCCAGGAAUCUGUCUGAAAGAUGCAGCAGUGUUGGACAGUGGUGACCUGGGGAGAGAUUGACAGCUGGGACACGGGGACAGACAACAGUGUCCAGCUGUGUGAGCCCCUGGGCCAGUGAUAUAUGUAGAGCUCUUAAUUAAUUUUUUAACUCCUUGUAUGUAAAAUAAAGGUGUCUUUUGCA